CCGAGGCGGCGCAGGGAGCGGAGCGGGGCGCGGGCGGAUCCCGGGGCAGAGUGAAGACUGGAACGACUGGAGGGAGGUGCAUAGCUGCAGCUCAAAGAAAAUGAAUGGCACACUGGAUCACCCAGACCAACCUGAUCUAGAUGCUAUCAAAAUGUUUGUGGGUCAAGUCCCACGGAGCUGGUGUGAGAAGGAUCUAAGAGAACUUUUUGAACAGUAUGGUGCUGUCUACGAAAUCAAUGUCUUGCGGGACAGGAGCCAAAACCCUCCUCAAAGCAAAGGGUGCUGUUUUGUUACAUUUUAUACCCGUAAAGCUGCACUAGAAGCACAGAAUGCUCUUCACAACAUGAAGAUCCUCCCAGGGAUGCACCAUCCUAUCCAGAUGAAACCAGCUGAUAGUGAAAAGAGUAAUGCAGUAGAAGAUAGGAAGUUGUUUAUUGGAAUGAUAUCCAAGAAGUGCAAUGAAAACGAUAUUCGAGUGAUGUUCUCCCCCUUUGGGCAGAUUGAAGAAUGCAGGAUAUUACGGGGCCCGGAUGGCCUGAGCCGAGGUUGUGCAUUUGUGACUUUUACAACAAGAGCCAUGGCACAAACAGCAAUCAAAGCAAUGCACCAAGCACAAACCAUGGAGGGUUGCUCUUCUCCCAUUGUUGUAAAAUUUGCAGACACGCAGAAGGACAAAGAGCAGAAACGAAUUGCUCAGCAACUUCAGCAACAAAUGCAACAGAUCAGUGCUGCCUCAAUAUGGGGAAACCUGGCUGGUCUCAACACACUUGGACCCCAGUACUUAGCACUUUAUUUGCAGCUCCUUCAGCAGACAGCAGCUGCUUCAUCUGGGAACCUGAACACACUGAGCAGCCUCCACCCAAUGGGAGGACUGAAUGCGAUGCAGUUACAGAACCUGGCAGCGUUGGCAGCUGCAGCCAGUGCAGCUCAGAACACACCAAGUGGCACCGCUGCUCUCACCUCCUCCAGCAGCCCCCUGAGUGUGCUCACCAGCUCAGCAGGUUCCUCACCUAGUUCCAGUAGCAGCUCCUCUGUUAAUCCAAUGGCUUCUCUUGGAGCACUGCAGACGCUGGCAGGUGCUACAGCUGGCCUCAACGUUAGCUCUUUAGCAGGAAUGGCAGCCUUAAAUGGAGGACUUGGCAGUGGUGGUCUCUCAAAUGGGACAGGUAGCACAAUGGAAGCCCUCACACAAGCUUAUUCUGGAAUCCAGCAAUAUGCUGCUGCUGCACUGCCCACACUCUAUAACCAGAGUCUCUUAACACAGCAGAGUAUUGGUGCAGCAGGAAGUCAAAAAGAAGGUCCAGAGGGAGCCAAUCUGUUUAUCUACCAUCUUCCCCAAGAGUUUGGGGAUCAAGAUCUGCUGCAGAUGUUCAUGCCAUUUGGAAAUGUCGUCUCUGCCAAGGUUUUCAUUGACAAGCAGACCAAUUUAAGCAAGUGUUUUGGUUUUGUAAGUUACGACAAUCCUGUCUCUGCGCAGGCUGCCAUUCAGUCAAUGAACGGCUUCCAGAUCGGCAUGAAGCGGCUGAAAGUACAGCUCAAGCGCUCCAAGAACGACAGCAAGCCAUACUGAGCACCCCUCCCCUCUGGGACUGGAGUGAGAAGGAUCUUCUGGUUUUGUGGAAAGAUAGAGGCAGCUAAGUCUGGAUGAAUACAUCUGUGUCUGGAAACAAGAAACUUUAGAUCCCUGGUAACCUGCAGAAAUUUUUGACAAUUUUUUCUUCGUAACAGUUGAUCACUGUCCCCAUUUCUGUGGAAUAAUGUCCUUUAUUUGCAGAGAUUGCUAUGAAUUCCUUUUCAUAAGCAUAAUGUAAGUGCUGAUUGUUUAUUGAAAUUAUAAUUUCCUGUUUUGUUUGGGUUUUUUGUUGGUUUUUUUUAAUGAACAAAACUCAUGCAGUGACUUGGUCUAGUAAAUAGGUGUAUCUCUCUACUGCAGUUUUCCUUUAAGGUGGUGUGUACCUAGUGCAAAACAGGCCAAACCAGGAGCUGCGGAACCAGAGUAUUGAGCCAUUCAGUCUUUUAAUGCCUUUUGGUACAAGCUGUUAUUUUUUAUAUUGAAGGAAGAUUGAACACACCCCUUAACUGAACACACACUUUUUCUGCACACCAGUGAAAUUGCUAGUGCAUUGCUAAGGGCCUUUGAUAUUCACUGGUUUUAGGGGGCUCAAAGGACUUUUGACACUCUGGCCUGAGCUGUUUCAAGAAAUCAGUGUAGAGUUCCAUUUUAUAACCACCAAAAUCCACCUCUGUCGCAAGAGGAAGUUUACAAUUUCUGUGUCUUUAACGGAAGUUUGAUUUACCUCAUAGUAUCUCCUUUUCCUUGUUUUCUUUGUAUUCCUGGGUUGUAAGGCUGUUUCCCAGGGCUCCAACUAACACUGCAGUCUGGGAGCCAGCUGCUAAAUGAUGUGUGUGGGUCAGAUGUGGGGUCAGGACUUUGUGUUCUACUCCAGCAGGAGGAGCACUAAACCCAUCAAACGUGAGAUCUCGGUCAGAGUCCCCACUUGUGUGUGGUGAUCUGUUGGGAAUGUUGGGCAUUUCCAGGGACUGGGCCCCCUGGGAUCUCAAACCUCAGAAUUACAAGGCCUGAUAUGUAACAUCCAAGGGGAGCCCUUUCCAGUUCUUAGAUUGAAAAUAAAACAGUGGAUGUCAGUCUGUCCAUAUUGAUGGCAGACAGGUAAAUCUGUCAGUAUUAUUUAAAUAAUUUUGUGGUGGCAAAGUUUCAAAGGCCAGAUUGCCAAAUUUCCCAGUUAUGCUGGCAUGUGGUACCCUUCUAUGUUAAUUAUUUGAAUCUCUCUAGAGACGUAAACAUACACUGAAGUGAACCAUGUACACUUGAAUUCUGCACCAUAGGAAAGAUGUGUCCUGGUUUUCUGAGAAAAGAGUGUUGGAGUGUGAAGGCCUCCAGGGUGAUGAUGGGAUUUUUUUUUUAUAUAUAUAUAUAUAAAUUAUAUACUUUUCAAAAAAAAGGAAAAAAGAAAAAAAAACAUAAAAAACGUAGUUGGGAGCAACUGCUCCAAGUGUAACCUGCUGUAACCAAGAAUGUUGUUUCUAUUUUUAUAGAAGUUUUAUACCGCUCCGGGGUGGAGAAUAUUUAUUACCUAAAUUAUUUCACUGGAAAAAAAGGCCAGGGUUUUGUAGAAUCCUGAAUGUGAUUGUUUUACACACAUAAUGAUGUGCAUGAUUGACACUACUGAUUUUCAGUGGCCUGUUUGCAGCCCAACAACUGCUAAACGAGGAAGAUGAAUGCUGUGAACCAGUGGAGGAGAGCACUGUGCUCUGGGGUCUCUACAGUCACUCUUACCUUCUUUGCACCCUACCCCACUGUUACUAUCCAAGAUCUUUGUCCUGUUUUUCUUUUAACCUGAUGCUCUGGCCUCUUUAUUAGUCAUUUCAAUUGCCCAAAAUUAGAUAUUUUAGCUUCUUCAUCCUAUAGUGUGUCCUCAAUACUGUAACUUACAGAUCAAGCUUGGCAUUGUUGCAAAUAGGUGUGACUCCUAUUAACUUUAGGAGAUUGUCCAGUUUACACUGUGGCUUAGUUUGAUCAGUGACUCCUCCCAGACAUAAUUACCUUAAGACACCUAACUUGGGCUAGUUCUUGUGCCUUACUGGCGUAACUAUAAGUAUUGCCAAAAAGAAAAAGAAAAUAAAUCUAUGCAGGUUAAAUUUUAAAAGAUGUGCUCCUCAGAGGGUUUGAAUCAAUGCAGUUCAGCUCUUUGAAUGCAGUAGAGCUGCAUCAGUUUUCACCAGCUGAAGAUGUUGCCCUUUUUGUGUAUUUGUUUCAGAUUUCCCUUUCUUGGUGUAUCAAUGUGUAUGUUGCCAAAGUUAAUAAAUGUAUCAAGUUUGUGACUUGGGCAGAUUUUUUUUCUGAUAACAAAACUGAACAGAUAAAGUCAACAUUUCUGUGUCUGAUUUGUGGCUGCCACUGAUUGUGGGGAUUUAGGCUGCUCUUGCCUUUCCGUCUUAAGCCAGUUUUCUUCCUCAGUUACUGGCAGGAAAGUCUGGGAUUCUGGGGACUUGGGACUUUUAAAUUUUUAGUUCAUAUCAUGCUCUCAUUCAAGUGCAAAUCAAAUCAGUGUAAAAUGCUCUUAUUUCCUGGAUAGUAAUAUAAGAGUUGGGGGAGUUCAAAUAAACUGCAGAAGGUUGGCUAAAGCAACCACAUGAACAAAGUAUGCUGUAUGCUUAAAACCAAAGAACCUGAUUUUCUACAAGAAAACUAAAAGAAUUUCUGAUUAAAAAGAAUUCCUUAUUUACAUGUGCCACCAGGAAAUACUUAAGAUAUUUUCAGUUUACAAGGUGGAAAUGUUCUACUUCAUAGAUUUAUUCUUUUUCUCAGGAGAUAUUUGAUUUUACUGCAGUAAUAAGGUGUAAGAAUUAUGAACUUUGUCUGAUACUGCUUAAUAUCAAUACUAUAGUAAAUGAAAUAGUUUCUUCAAUCCCCUAGAUAAUCAACAGUCCAAAACAGGAUAGCUCUUUGUAAUUUAGCUUUUUUUUAAUACAAAGCUGGCAUUAUUUAAAAAUUCCAGCUCAGAAAAAUCUCACUGGCAAGUGCAUCUACCAGGAAAAAGCUUUUCACCUGAAUACUGAAACUCACAUAUUAUGGUAAUUCUGUCAUGCAAGCUGAAUCUAACUGGACUGGUAAUGGCUGUGGAUUAGGGAAGAACAACAAAGCAGAAUGAAGUUGUUGCUAUUUUAUUUGGAAAUUCCUAAAAACAACCUGGAUAAAUCAAGUUGCAGACAUUUAAACCUAAAGAGGAUUGAUAUUCCUAACAUACCUGCCACAAAAUAUAAAACACAGAAAGCAGAAUUGUCACUAUUGUGAGAAUAAAACAAGGACAAACUCUCCAAGUCAUCAAGACCUUGUCCAGCAUCUCAUGGUUCUGUUUUUAUAGGCCAGUCUUUCCACAGGUCUUUGAUAAAACUCAGUCUUCGCCCUCAACAUAGCUGAGUGAAAUAUUUGAAAAAUCCAUAUCAAGAAAAUGCCCAGACAAAUCACACAGAGGAUUUCAGUGGUGCAUGCUAAGAUGUCACUUGACUUCAUGCCUCUUGUUUCUCAUGCCUCAGUUCAUGAUGAAUUUGCUUUUCUGGUUUAAGAGUGAAAUCUUGCAUCUAUCUUCAAAUUAUCUAGAGUAUUUCCUGAAAUACAAAAAUAAGUGCAAGAGUUACAUUGUAUUCUGUUUGCUGGAGUUUUUUAAACUCGGUUUAAAGUCCUUUCCCUUUAUUGGAAAACAUGAAAAGCAAAUUAAUGUCAGCAGUUCUAAUAAGAGGAGUGUUGCUGAUUUAGUAGACAGUGUGUUUCUCGUUGCUUUGGAAUGAGAAUGCAACACUUGCUAUUUUCAAAUUAUGUUAAAUAAUAUGUAAAUCUCACCUUGUUCUAGUGUGUAACCAGAAGCUUUGAGAUGUGCUGAAGAUUAAGGCCACAAAAGGAGCUAAAGGGGAGUUGAGGGUGUGGGGAGGCAGGAUAAGAAAACAAGCCGCUUCCUCCCUCUUCUGCCUCCCACUCUCAGCCCAAAAUGUUCCUUGUCUCUUGCAGCUCACAAGCUGAAGGGAGGGAACAGAAGUAUUUAUGUCACUUAAUAUAAGAAUUAUUUUUUUAUAAACGCUUCAAGAAAAUUUCAGGAAACACAUUUUUUUCUGCUCAUCAAACUGGCAACAGUGACUGUAGAGUGACUUCUCAGAGCCCAGAAUCUCCUCCUCAUGAAGCCAGGGAGCUGAAGGCUGUUACAUAAAAGGUUGGGAAUGGAAAAUCCCUGUGCAGGUCUAAUGGUAUGACAAGUGCUCAGCUAGGACAAGUCUUAACUUGCAGUCAAGUCUUAAGGAAUUCUUCUCUGAUGUGUGGGCUUUUUGUCUUGUAUAAUCUUUCCCCCCCCCCCUUUCCCAAUCACCCACCCCCAGUUACAUGAGCUCCUAGGGAAUGAGAAGAGACUGUAGCUAAAGGAAAGAAUAUGGAUUUGCUGGGCUGCUACUGCCUGAACUUCCCAUGUUAGAGUGCAAGAAAAGUCUCAAAUGUCAAACCACCUGUGAAUCCCUUGUGUCCUCUGUCUUGUCUCUCAUGGUCUCAGUCCCUGUGGGCAAAUGUUUGCCCUGGAGUCAUAUUUUUGGAAUUGGUCUCCUGGGGAGGGAGUUUACUCUGUUCUAAACAGAGGUAGUAGACACACUGGGCACGGGGCAAGGUGAAUGCAUGCUAACCAGUGUUAGCAAUGCUCCACAGACUGGGUCCUGAGAGGGAAAUCCAGGCCUCUGCUUCCAUUUGGUUUCUGGCAGUUUGAUGUUUACUUGGUGUCCUUCAUGUACUUCAACUUUUACUUGUCCAUCGUUGGCAUGUGCUGCCCUUCCCUGUCAACUCCCUUCCCCAGGAGAUCUCAUUGUACAGUGCCCAUUCUUGUUCUCUCUCUCCGUGUUUGGAUGUACUGCUCUGUGUAACUCAGUGGGUCUCCCUCUUUCUGGUUUGUUUUUUUUUCUAGAUUCCUGCCGUUUGUUCAUCGUUGUGCCUAAAGCAUGUCGAUGUGGCGUUCAAGUACAUCGUCCAAAUCCUUGUCUCUUCAGCUUCUCUGAUGCUUGAACUCUCACCUUUGACCUUGUGUUGACUUUUGAUGCUGAUGUGUAUUUUUAUUAUGUUUGUUUCUUUUCUUUUUUUUUCUUUUUUU